AUGAGUCGGCAGCUCCCGACUGGCAGCCAGUUUGGGGAGCAAACAUUGGCUGCAAUAGACAAAAAAGUGCAGGAUGCCCUUAGUACCAUCAUACACGUCACUAAUACUUCGGGCCACUUGAAAGGCACUCACCAGCACAAACUUAAAUCCUCGGUGGAGGCUAUUGGUGGGGCCUUCGCUGAGGUAAGAUCUCGCACUGCCACGGAAGAGGUUGCCCGUCUAGAGGCAGCAAACGCGCACCUUUCGUGGCAGCUGACAGAACUAAGGAAACAAGUGGACGAGAUGCGAAGCCAGCCCGCAGCGCUGGCUGAGGUCGAUAUUCGCCGAAUUAUGGAGGAAGUAUCGCGCUCCACCCGCGAUCAAUUUAGCAGAAUGUUAAACGCCCGUCUUGAGGGCCUUGAGGGGCGGCUCCUGCCAGAACCUCGGCUACGGCCUCCACUGGCGGCCGAUCGGAGAGCAGUGGAGGUAGCCCCUCCUCAACCACCAGCUGAAGGCUCGGCAAGACAGCCCACCCAACAACAGCCAGCAGCGAGCUCAACCACGGGCCCCGCUCAGCCUCCUGCUGUUGGGAAGCAGAAGCCGAAACCCAAAAACAAGAAGGGCAGGGGUGUUAGUCUGGCUGCUCAGGAAGCAGCUGCCGCUAGACAAGCAUCCACAACGUCCACAAAAGAAACGGUUACGGCGCCCAACAAGCCGAAAUGGAGUGUCGUAGUGGGCAGCACAGCCAAAACUAAGACGGCUACAAGGGCAGCUAGUGGAUCAAAAAAAUCCAAAGCACCGAACUCCCCAAAGACGCCGAUUAGAAAGCCGAAACUGAAACCUCCUCGCACAGCUGCCAUAACAAUUACUAUGAAGCCGGAGGCAGUAGAGAAAGGAGUUACAUAUGAGGCGAUCUUGGCCGAGGCGAAAAAUCGAAUCAAAUUGGAGGAGAUCGGAAUAUCUACACUGCGCUUCCGAACAGCGGCGACUGGCGCUCGAAUGUUAGAGCUGCCUCCUGACAUUGAGGACGCUGAGAAGGCGGCAAAUGAGCUAGCCGAAAAACUUCGAGGAGUUCUUGGAGACAAGGCCAAUGUCCAAAGACCUACAAAAUGUGCCGAACUACGCGUCACGGGGUUGGACGAUUCAGUGACUGCCGACGAGGUUGUGACGGCUGUGGCUACUGAGGGAGGCUGCGCACCUGAAAAUAUUAAACCGGGAGUAAUUUCGCGAAGCCGGAGCGGAUCCGGGUCUCUAUGGCUGAGCUGCCCCGUUAUAGCUGCCAAAAAACUGGUUGGAACUGGUAGAAUCAAGGUAGGAUGGAUUUCGGCGAGAGUAGUGCUUCUAGAGUCUAAGCCCCUUCGUUGCUAUCGAUGUCUAGAAAAAGGCCACGUCGGUGCUAAAUGCGAUAGAGAUGUUGACCGCAGCGAUCUAUGCUAUCGCUGUGGAAUGCAAGGCCAUAAAGCCAGAGAGUGCACCGCUGAGGCGAGCUGUGCCAUAUGCAAAGCUAGUGGGAAGCCAGCAGGUCACUCUAUCGGUGCCAAAGGGUGCCAGGGUGGAAAGUCCAACGGUGCUAAAAAAGGAGGCGAACAUCAACCACUGUGCCAAUGCCCAAGACCUUCUAGUACAAUCGAUGGCAGAGUGGCAAAUAGGGGUAGCUGUGGUAUCAGAGCCUUAUUUUAUCCCCUGCCGGAACGACUGGGUUGCAGACCAGAACAAGAAAGUGGCUAUUAUAGCCCCCGCUGUCAUCGGCUCUCCUCCUUCGAGAGCGUCGUGAAGGGUCGGGGGUUCGUACUUGCAGUACUAGAAGGCAUAGCCAUAAUUGGCGUAUACUUCUCGCCCAAUGGCAUCCUACCAGAGUUUGAACAGUCUCUAACAGAAGUCGGUGCCCUGAUUGGCCAGAUAUCCCCAGUCCCUGUACUAGUCGCUGGAGAUUUCAACGCCAAAUCGACGACAUGGGGAUGUCCGGCAACAGAUCCCCGAGGUGAAGUGCUGGAAGAGUGGGCUGUCUCCCUCGGAUUGGCUGUCCUCAACACCGGAUCGGAGAGUACGUGUGUGAGGCCACAGGGCGAGUCAAUAGUGGACAUCACUUUUGCGUCCAACGUCCUGGCACGCCGGGUUCAAAACUGGAGGGUGGAGGUCGGGGUGGAGUCACUAUCAGAUCAUCGGUACAUCCGAUUUGAUCUUUCCACACCUCCAGUCACAGCAAGGAAUACUCGAUUCACUGCAGGGGACAGUCCAAAAUGGGUACUAGGGAAAUUGAAUAGAGAGCUAGCAAAAGAGGCUGCCAUCGUCGAAUCCUGGGGAGCCACCAUCGGCCCCGUGGAGAUAGCGCAGGUUGAACGCGAAACCGAAAACCUUAACGUGGCUCUGAUCCGCGUCUGCGACGCAGCGAUGCCGAGAGCAAAACCCUUCUCACCAAAGCGACAAGUGUACUGGUGGCGACCGGAACUCCGCCAACUGCGGAACGCUUGCGUGGCUGCGCGCCGUCGGUACACACGAAGCAGAAGAAGGCGCAUCAGAGUCCUGGAAGAGGAAGACGCUCUCUAUGAAGCCUACAGGAUCGCUCGAAAGACUCUACAGACGGGCAUCGCACAGGCCAAAGAGGCCGCCUGGGAAGAAUGGCUUGAGACGCUCAAUAGGGAUCCGUGGGGCAGGCCGUAUCGAGCCAUCAGGAAAAAGCUCCGACCAUGGGCGCCCCCACUGACCAGCAGUCUCCAACCGGACCUACUAGAGCGAGUAGUCGGAGCUCUAUUCCCAGAGAGAGGCGAGUUUGUCCCUCCAGCCAUGGCGCCCACCACCAGACCACUGGAAGUGAUCAGGGAGGGUACCACCAGUAACAGAAGUUGA